AAAAUAAGAAAAAAGAGUUGAAACUUAUAACCCGCAGAUGUAAAAUCCCCAAAUUCCGAUUUCAAGCCCUAACCCUAGCCCCACCCCAAUUUCUUGGUCCAGAUCUUCUAAACCAACGCCAUUUUUAGAAUCUUGUUCUCGUUUCUCACUCCGGAGGCCAAGCAAUCAAAUCCUUUAAAGUCUCUUCCUUUAAUCGUCUGUACUUUAAUAAAAUUUGUAAGCUUUCUUCCUUUUUUCUUCUUCUUUUUCGCUUACCCCGUGAAUCAUCCUCUGUUUCGAGUGAUUGAUAUCGGAUUUUUCAAUAUUACUCACAUUGGUUCGUGGUAGGCGAGUGUAUGGCAAAGAGUAGUUGAGAAUUAGGGGAAAAACAAAUUUAAAAAGUUAAAUGACACUGUAUAUAUAGGGAUUAUAGUUUCUCAUGAUCGUUACUUACAAAGAGGGAGGGUGUAGUGGUGGGUAGGGAUGGGCAGCUCAGAAACAGAAGAAGGGAUAGUUGAUUGUGGUGUUGGGUGUAUUGUUUGGGUCCGGAGGCGAAAUGGAUCAUGGUGGCCAGGUAAAAUUCUUGGUCCAGAUGAACUUUCAACCUCCCAUGUGAUGACACCACGAUCUGGAACUGCAGUGAAGCUUCUCGGAAGGGAUGAUGCAAGUGUGGAUUGGUACAAUUUGGAAAAAUCAAAGCGUGUGAAGGCUUUCAGAUGUGGUGAGUUUGACGACUGUAUUGAACGAGCAGAAGCUUCUUUAGGUAUGCCUCCAAAGAAAAGAGAGAAAUAUGCGCGCCGCGAAGAUGCAAUAAUUCAUGCUCUUGAACUUGAAAGGCAACUGGUGGGUGGAAAAAAUGGGAUAACAAAUAACACGUGUAUUGGCAUGUUAAAUAAAUCACCAGAUGACACUGUAAGAAGAGAGGUAGUGAGAUCUUCAGAAUGCUUCGAAAGUAAAAAUAAAAAACAGUUAUCCAUGAAAUCUCAUAAAGCUUUGGAGAGAUUGGGUGCCCCUGUUAAGGAGGAGAUGAGAGUGUGUGGAGAUGUGGGCCAAAAGGGAACCCAACUUAGUGGCGAUAGUAAUUAUUCCAUCUUGCCUCCCAGGAAGAGAGGUUUGCUGGAGUUUGGAGUUAGUUCCUCCCUUUUAGAGCAUAAUACUUCUCCAGUUGUUUCAAGCGGUCUCAACAAAAUAAUCUCUGAAAGUGUUGAUGGAAGUCCAAACAAAAGACUCAUUAGUUCUGCCAAAGAGAGUUUACAUCAUGUAGAAGUGUCAAACAACAUUGAUGAAUCAUCAGUUUUUUACCCUCAGCCUGAUAGUAGUAGUGCUUUUACCUCAGAAGGGGAAAAGUUGGGAGUUCCAUACCAUGCCGCAAAGAAAGGAAGGUAUGGUUUUCAUGAAGAUGAUUCCAGACAUUGUUUGAAUGGUAAUAAGGUAUAUCUUCCCACCACUCAGACAGUUAUCUCAACUUCAAAGUUGGAAGAAAGUGACUGCCCUAACCAAGAUGAGUCAUGUGUAGAAAAAACUUCUGGGUCUACAGAGUGUACUGAAACUGAUUCCUGCGAGACCAAUACGGAGGAAUCGGAUUCAGGUGAGGAUAUUGUAACCAUUUCAGAAGGUGCUGCAUCUAUAGAAUUACGGCCUAAAUUUUUUAGAAGAUCUCGAGCACAAGUCAAACGGGGUAGCACAAGUAGUGAAUAUUCUGAUGAUUUAUCAGGAGCAGAUUCUCAUCCUUGUCAUAGCCAUACUGUCCCCUCUUCUGUUGGGGUGUCAAAAUGGCUACUGAAAGGGAAAAGGAAUAACCGAGGGUUUGCUAAAAGAUCUCUGGACCCUACAUAUGAGGAAAAUCAUUUCAAAAGGCCUCACUAUAUGACCACAGGUCCUGUUCAAAAGAAAUGUUAUGGCGCUAAUGAAGCUAAUUCAUUGAUGAAAUCUUCUAGAGUGAGUUUGGCUGGGUAUGGAUCUAGAGGUGGUGGUACCUGUUGGAAUACUGGCAAUUGGGGAGACUUGUCAUGGAUAAACUCUGGGGAGGAGUACCUUGAUCCUUCCUAUAAUAACUAUCACCAUCUAGGUGGUCCUGGGCCAAGUAUGCUCAUAGAAGUAGACUUAAAAGUCCAAGCCGGCUACAAGAGGCAGCCUGUGCCUUUGAUUUCAUUAACUAGUAAGAAAUCUGGGCAUGCGAUAGUGGGGCACCCUGUGAAAGUUGAAGUGCUUGACAAGGGCACCGUUGAUGAUAUUCUUUGUGCUGUUAAUGAUAUAUGUCCAGAAACGUUAGAUGAUGACUCAUCACUCCAACCCACGUGGAGGACUGCUCGUAGGACAACUGGUGCUCGUGUUCCCCGUCAUCAUCCAUCAUCAUCAUCAACUAAGCGCAACAGAAAUACUAGAAAAGCCACAUGCUUUGGUCAGAAGGCCGCAAGUAGUAGUGGCAGUCUGGUGAAAAAGAAGAACACAUCACAACAGCCUCUUCCAUUAGAUAAGAAGAGUCUGACUAAAAAGUCCCUGAGAAAUAUAACAUUCCCUUCCAAUCAUCAGAAGAUAAGAACUCUCUCAUCAAUUGCCUCACAGCAGAAACAGAGUAUCGAUGCGAAGCGUGGUGGCUUCAAAAGAUUUCAAGUGGAUGGUCUAUUAAUCAAACAAGGAAGUAUGCCCACGGUGGCGUGUAUUCCAGUUAAGUUGGUAUUCAGCAGAUUAAAUGAGGAUUUGGUGGGCCGUCAUCCUUAGCUUGAUCUUCUGAAGUGACCAGUAAUUAUUACUAACAUGUAGUAAUUUACAAGCAAUAAUCUCAUGUCACGUCUGAUAAAAUCCACGAGGGACCCUCAUCUAUUGCUGGGGGUCCAUGUUGUCCAAAUGCUAUCCAUUUUUUUGUUAUGUGAAUUGGGGGAUGUCAAGUGUAGAUGGUUGUUGCGUAGGAGCCAUAUCACCUGUAAUUUCCGUGUUUAGGCUACAAACAGUCCACUUGUGCCUUGAUGCACACAAUAUACUUAUAUAG